AAAGAAAAAGAAAAAGAAACUUUCCCUUUUACCAAACAAAAGCGGAAUGAAGAAAGUGGGAAUUCUGAAUUUUUGCCCUUUGGAUUCCUUCACUUUGAUCUCUCUCGUGUCAGAUUUGCUUCUGUAAAUUGAAACCCUCAACUAGGUAGUUUUAGUUUCUUCUCUUUCUGUUUCUCUCUCUUAUUGUAACGAGUUUGUUAUGCUAUUUUGUCUUUGCUUGUGAGAGAUUAUGUGGGCUCUAUUGUGGGUUUGGUUUGGCUGCCUUUUUUGGUAGAGAUCUUGCGUAACUCGUGCUUUUUCUUUGUUUGGUCCUAUCUUGUUUGCUUUUGCUAUCUAUUAGAAGAAUUCACCAUAAUUCUGAUUCUUCAUUUCUGUUUUGUAACGGGAUCCGUAUAGAUUUUUAGGACUUGGAUUGCUAGGAAAGUUUCAUUUUUUACUAGUAAAAACAGCUUCUUUUUUGGCUGCUGAGGGAGAGAUAUAUUUUAUAUUAUUUAGAUAGUGGAAUUUUUGUUGGGUUGUGAGGUUAGAAGAUUUCUCAGCUAAGGGUGAUAAGAAGGAAGGAUUCUUAUUUUUGUGUGUUUGCUUUACUUUACUUUUUUUCUUUUUUCUUUUUGUUUGUGGGUUUGAAUUUCGGAGAGAAAAAAACCCAUCUGGCUAUUGUGGAGAUCUGGGAAUUGUUUCACCUCUUAUGUCCCAUGAGGACCUUUUUUCCCUCUGAUUCUUGUAAAGAAUCACAGCUUAAUGCUUUCAAUCCUCAGUCAUGGCUUCAAGUUGAAAGAGGAAAGCUCUCCAAAUUGUCUUCACAACACCUUGCAUCUUCUUCCAUAGAGUCUCUUAUCAAGGUACCUGAGCCACCAUUACUACCGUAUUAUAAACCAGUUGAUUAUGUAGAAGUUUUAGCUCAAAUACAUGAAGAACUCGAAUUGUGUCCUGUUCAAGAGAAGUCGAGUCUCUUUUUAUUACAAUUUCAGGUCUUUAGGGGCCUUGGUGAAGCCAAAUUGAUGCGGCAAAGUCUUCGGAAAGCUUGGCAGAAGGCUAUUACCCUUCACGAGAAGCUUGUGUUUGGGGCAUGGUUAAAGUAUGAGAAGCAAGGAGAAGAGCUUAUCACUGACCUGCUUUCCAAUUGUGACAAAUGUGCACAAGAGUUUGGACCAGUAGAUGUUGCCUCUCAGCUUCAAAAUGAUACAAAUGUGGGUUCCCAUGAGCCUGUACCAAUGAGUGGGGACCAAAUUUUGAGACAUGUUGUAUUUAGGAUUGGUGAAGAGAAAAUAGUUUGCGAUAGGCAGAAAAUUGCGGCUCUUUCAGCUCCAUUCUAUGCUAUGCUUAAUGGAUGUUUUAUGGAAUCACUUUGCAAAAACAUAGAUUUGUCUGAAAACAAUAUCACUCCAUCAGGUAUGAGGAUAAUAAGUGAGUUCAGUUUGACAGGCAGUUUAAACGAAGUCCCUCCAAAUCUUUUGUUAGAAAUCCUUGUAUUUGCAAAUAAGUUCUGCUGCGAAAGGCUCAAAGAUGCAUGUGAUAGGAAACUUGCAUCUUUAGUUUCUUCUAGAGAAGAUGCUGUGGAACUCAUGGGAUAUGCUAUUGAGCAGAACUCCCCUGUUCUUGCUGCAUCGUGUUUGCAAGUAUUUUUACUUGAACUACCUGACUGUUUGAAUGACAACCGUGUGGUGGAAAUAUUUAGCAAUGCUGAUAGACACCGUAGAUCAAUCAUGGUUGGGGUGGCUCCUUUUUCACUGUACUGUUUAUUAAGUGAAGUUGCUAUGAACCUUGAUCCUCGAUCAGAUAAAACAGUUUGUUUCCUGGAACGACUGCUAGAUUCUGCUGAAACUGAUCGACAGAAACUCCUGGCAUUUCAUCAACUUGGAUGUGUGAGGUUCUUGAGGAAAGAGUAUGACGAAGCUGAACUUCUGUUUGAGGCAGCUGUAAAUGCAGGCCAUACAUAUUCUAUUACCGGUUUAGCUAGAUUGGGUUUUAUUAAGGGUCAUAAACUUAGGUGUUAUGAGAAGCUCAGCAAUGUGAUUUCCUCUGUUACUCCACUGGGAUGGAUGUAUCAGGAGAGAUCAUUAUACUGUGAAGUUGAUAAGAGGUGGGAAGAUCUUGAGAAAGCAACUGAGUUGGACCCAACUCUCACUUACCCCUAUAUGUAUAGGGCUGCUUCCUUAAUGAUGAAACAGAAUGCUGAAGCUGCACUUGCAGAAAUUAAUCGGGUUCUUGGUUUUAAACUUGCACUAGAGUGCUUGGAACUCCGGUUUUGUUUCUAUUUGGCUCUUGAGCAGUACCAAUCGGCAAUGUGUGAUGUCCAGGCAAUUCUCACACUUUCUCCUGAUUAUAGGAUGUUUGAGGGACGAGUAGCAGCAUCCCAUCUCUGCACUCUUGUGCGUGAGCAUAUCGAUAGUUGGACUACAGCAGAUUGCUGGUUGCAAUUGUAUGAUCGCUGGUCUUCUGUUGACGAUAUUGGGUCACUGUCUGUAAUCUACCAGAUGCUUGAAUCUGAUGCUCCAAAAGGUGUGUUAUACUUCAGGCAGUCUCUGCUUCUCCUCAGGUUGAACUGUCCUGAGGCAGCCAUGCGAAGUUUACAGUUAGCUCGCCACCAUGCACCUAGUGACCAUGAGCGGCUGGUGUAUGAGGGAUGGAUCUUAUAUGAUACAGGUCAUUGUGAUGAAGGGCUCAGAAAAGCGGAAGAGUCUAUACAAAUUAAAAGAUCCUUUGAGGCCUUCUUCCUUAAAGCCUAUGCACUGGCUGACUCUAGCCAGGAUUCAUCUAGUUCUUCAACUGUUAUUUCACUGCUUGAAGAUGCGUUGAAGUGUCCCUCAGAUAGGCUGCGGAAAGGCCAGGCCUUAAACAAUCUAGGAAGUGUUUUUGUUGACUCUGGAAAGUUGGACAUGGCUGCUGAUUGCUACGUUAAUGCCCUUAAGAUUCGACACACCAGAGCCCACCAAGGCCUUGCUCGGGUUCAUUAUCUGAGAAAUGAUAAGGUUGGUGCAUAUGCAGAAAUGACCAAACUGAUUGAAAAAGCUCGGAACAAUGCAUCUGCCUAUGAGAAGAGGUCUGAAUAUUGCGACCGUGAACUCACAAAGGCAGAUCUAGAAAUGGUUACUCGAUUAGAUCCUCUCCGGGUGUACCCUUAUAGAUAUCGAGCUGCAGUUUUAAUGGAUAGCCGCAAAGAGAAUGAAGCAAUUGCAGAACUCUCAAGGGCCAUUGCAUUCAAAGCAGACCUUCACCUUCUGCAUCUGCGAGCAGCAUUUCAUGAGCAUAUGGGUGAUGUCUUGGCCGCACUGCGAGAUUGCCGAGCAGCUCUUUCUGUUGAUCCAAAUGAUCAAGAAAUGCAGGAGCUCCACAGCCGCGUAUACAGCCAUGAACCAUAAUUAUCCAACAACAGAAUUCUAAGUUUAUUUAAAAAAAAAAAAAAAAAAAAAAA